AACCAAUCAGAUGCUUAAGCUAAAUAGACGUAUCUGUACUGUUUUGACCGUAAGGUCGGACUGUUUUGAUGCAGUUAGCGGAAAUGUUGACAUGAAAAUGUAACAGGAGGUCUGGAUUAUCGAAUUUAUUUCCAUCGAUAGAACAUAUUCCUGUAUAAUAAUAGUUAACCAGGGCAGACAUGUUGCAAAUAACGCAACAGUUUUUUCUCCUUCGACCUUCUCAGAGAAUAUCAAGAAUGCAUCGAGUUAACACUGUGUUUACAUGAACUAGCGGUGUCGAGCUGAACUGGCUUUUUUGUUUUGUUUGUUGUUAUAGGUUAUUUCGUGUAUCCUCCUAACUAAUGUCUAUCGCUUGAUAGCUGUGUGCUAUUGCAAAAGCUUGCAUUUCAGGACAAAUCAUUGCUGUCUCCGCCGAAAUGGACCCUCCAAAUACACUGUCCAUGUUACUGUUCGUCUCCGAGCAAUGACACUGUCCUUUAUCCUGCUCCUUGUCAACAUAACUGGCUGAGCUAAACUUUCCCGGUUUAGUUUUCUAUGACACUCAAAACUUAUGCUCGACUAGAUUCGUUGGAAUCGCUGCUCAACGAACUUCCCUGUAUGUUUUACCUGGGCCUGUUUUUUGUGAACGUUUUGAUCCUCUACUAUGCCUUUCUAAUGGAAUACAUCGUCCUGAAUGUGGGGAUAGUGUUUCUACCGGAAGAUAUGGACCAGGCGCUGGUGGACCUAGGGGUACUAUCCGACCCGGCCUCUGUCCCUUACGACACGGACACAGAACUCGAUGUUUUCGAGAGGUACCUGGAGUGAGCUGAGGCCCAAGGCUAGAGAGGCAGAGAGGCUGCACCGGCAUGCUCCCCGGGGUGAACUGGACUCCUAUCGGCCUGUGGUGGUGGUGAUGAUGAUGAUAAUGAUGAUGAUGAUGAUGAUGAUGGGAGAGACUGAUACUGGGAACUCCAGGAGGAGGAUAUUUGUCUUGCCUUGGAGCAACAUUGGCUGCGGGAUGAAAAAGUUGUCAAGGCUCAAGACCAGAUACUGGAGAGAGUCAGAACCAACAGACAGAACAAUUCACAGCAGAGUUACCUGUCAA